AUGGUACGCACUGUUGCUUUACUGUUGGAGCUCGCGUUGAUUGCAUUAAGUUUAGCAGCUCCUUCGCGUUAUUAUGGCUCAUACGAUGAGUAUUAUGAUGGCUAUCCUCAAUAUGCGGCUGAACCUGUGCCCACAACAUUGAGAACUACUGUCGUAGCUGAUCAUGUGACCACAGAGUCAAAAACCACCACUUUGCCCAGUACUCCAAGAAUACAUAAAAUUGAAGGUGGCAUUGGGAAUGGGGGAAGUGGUGGCAGUUAUAAUAGUCCUGGCGGAUCUGGCGGUAAAGGCGACAAGGCUGAAGCUGCGCCCAUAUUAUGCACUCCUGUCAAGGUUGGCGCUGAGAACAUAGAGUCAAUACCGUUUGCUGAACUUUUGGCCACUAAUUUCGGCACAGAUCAAAUUCAAGGUGGUAUUGGUAAUGGUGGAAUGGGUGGAGAUUAUGACAGCCCUGGAGGAUUUGGUGGUAACUGUACUUUUUACAAAUAG